UAAAGAUAGUGACAUCAAACCUUUUUGUGUUGUAUGCAUUUCAAUUUGAUUUAUUCUCUGACCACUUGAAAAUACUCUGUGUAAAAUUGUGACAUGUUAAUCAGGCAUCAAAAAGGGAUAUUAGUUGAAAGAAAAUAAUAUUAAUACAUCAUGGCUGAUUCAUCUUAUGAAAAAGGGCUUACAGAACUUUCAAAAAUGAAGGUUGCAGAUUUAAAAAUUGAGUUGAAACAAAGAGGACUACCUAUUACUGGUAACAAGAAUGAAUUGGUUGAAAGACUUCAAUUAGCAAUUCAUGGUGAUUCUGCAUUAUCUUUGGAUGAGACUGCGGAAGAAAUUUUAGAUGAAGAUGCAGUUCUUGGUGAUGAAGAAAUAGAAGAAUUAUCAAAUAAACCUGAUUCACAAGAAGGUAGUGAGAAAAGAAAAUUAUCUACUGAAAGUAAUGUAAGUGCAAAGAAAAUAGUUCUAAAUCGAAAGCCAGUAAUUGAAGAAAUUAAGAAUGAACAGACAGAAAAAAUUGAGACUGAUACAAAAACUAUUGAGAUUGUGCCACCAGAAAGAAAAAUAAUUAAAUUAUCAGAGCUUGGUAUCAAAGAGAGAUUAGAAAUGAGAGCUAAGAAAUUUGGAUUACCAUUAUCAGAAGCUGCAAAGAAGGAAGCCAGAUCUGCAAGAUUCAGUAUUAAUAAUCAAAAUAAUAAGUCAGCUGCAUCUGUAAAAACACCUGUGCAUACAACUUACGAAGUGUUAAAAAAACGAGCAGAAAGAUUUGGUACAUCUGUCUCUAGUUUAAUGGAAAAGGCUGAAUUAGAAGCUAGAAUAGAAAAAAGAAAAGUGAGAUUUGGUGAAGUAAAACCUACAAAUAAGAAAGUAUUUUAUAAUAAAGUUAAAAUUGUUAAAUGAUAUUCAGUGUUGUAUACCAAACAACAACUUAGAUUGCAAACUUUAAAUUAAGUUUUCUUACUUCUAAUAUAACUAUUGUAUACAAAAUAAAAAAAUCACUGUAUUUGUUAUAAAAUGUAUGACAAGUUUAAAAGAU